AUGAACGCGCUUCUUUUCUCCAAAUCAUGGGAGACGGGCUACCGUCCGUAAACUACAGCAAUGACUCUAAACGCGCCACGGUGGAUCUUAACGUUUCAGAACAGUGGCUCGUGGGCAUGGGAAUCCUCAUGGGUCUGAUAGUGUUUGUCAUUGUAGUGGGAAAUAUACUGGUUAUAGUCGCCAUAGCGCGGAAUCAGAGGCUCCAGACGCUCACCAAUGUUUUCAUCGUAUCUCUGGCGUGCGCAGACCUCAUCAUGGGGUUACUGGUGGUGCCAUUUGGCGCAGCCCUUGAGGUCAGAGGAGCCUGGAUGUAUGGAUCGUUCUUCUGUGAAUUCUGGAUAUCUCUUGAUGUACUUUGCGUCACGGCGAGCAUCGAGACCCUGUGCGUAAUUGCAAUAGACAGGUAUAUCGCCAUCAUCUCUCCAUUUCGCUAUCAAAGCCUUUUAACAAAAGCACGAGCCAAGGUGGUGGUGUGUGCGGUGUGGGCUAUUUCAGCCCUGGUGUCGUUUCCCCCCAUCCUAAUGCACUGGUCCCAGGACAGCGAGGAGACAUCGUGCUAUGAAAAUCCCGAGUGCUGUGACUUUGUCACCAACCGCGCAUAUGCCAUCUCCUCGUCCAUUAUAUCGUUUUACAUCCCUUUAAUAGUCAUGAUAUUUGUCUAUGCUAGAGUGUACAGAGAAGCCAAACAGCAGCUGAACAAGAUCAACAAAUGUGAGGGAAGGUUCUACAACAAUCACGGUACAAACUGCAAACCAACCCGAAAACGGACCACCAAGAUCCUGGCUUUAAAAGAGCAGAAGGCUCUGAAAACGCUGGGAAUAAUCAUGGGAACGUUCACUCUGUGUUGGCUGCCGUUCUUCAUCGUGAACGUGGUGCGGGUGUUUUGCGCACAAGUGGUGGAUAAGGAGCUCUUCGUCUUUUUGAACUGGCUGGGGUACGUCAACUCCGCAUUUAAUCCCAUCAUAUACUGUCGGAGUCCCGACUUCAGAAAAGCCUUCAAAAGACUGUUGUGCUGCCCGAGACAGGCGGACCGCAGGCUGCACGUGAGUUCGUGCGAUCUGUCCCGCUGCACCGGAGGCUUUGGGAACUCGAUGGAGCAGAGUAUGCUCGGGACGUGGUCGGACUGUAACGGCGCAGACAGCAGCGACUGCAGCCUGGAGAGAAACGGCAGGAUGUCCCAUUCAGAGUCUCAGCUGUAAAAGUGCAGCCGACAUUAUUUCA